AUGGAUUAUGAAACGCCAUCUACUUCUCAUGUAGAAAAUCAGUUACUCGUAGAUGACAUUGUGGAGAAUACAGAUUUAAAUAUUCCAGAAUGCCCAAUAGAACUUAAACCAUUUGUUGGUCGUAGCUUCCCUACUUUGGACAACGCAAUUGAGUUCUACGAGAACUAUGGGCGACGCGUUGGAUUUGAUACAAGGAAGAACGGUUCAAAGAAGGUUGAUGAUAUCACCUUAUGGUUUUACAUGGUGUGUAACAGAGAGGAUUGUGCUGGAGCUAAUAUCGGGCCAUCUCUAACUUUCAAGCUGCUUACUGAGUUGAUGGGCGGUUAUGAGUCUGUUGGUUGUACUGUGUUGGACAUUCGCAACUAUACACGGGAUAUCAGAAGAUACGCUGAAGGAUGUGACGCCCAAAUGAUCAUAGAUGAGUUGAAGAAGAAGAAGGAAAAUUGUGAUGUCUUCACGUACGAGUAUGAAGUUGAUUCCCGGAGUCGUUUGAAUCAUUUGUUUUGGUGCGAUCCUAUAGCCAAGAUGAAUUUCUUGCAAUUUGGUGACAUUGUUUCUUUCGAUACUACGUACUCAACUAACAGGUACUCAAUGAUUUUUGCUCCGUUUAUUGGUAAGGAUAACCAUGGUCGUGCAGUGACAUUUGGAGCUGGUUUGUUUUGUAGUGAGAGUGCGGAUUCGUUCUCUUGGCUUUUUAAUCAGUUUGUGAAAUGCAUGGGCAUACAUCCGAAGUUGAUAAUUACUGAUCAAGACUUGGGCAUGAAAGUAGCUGUUGAAAAAGUUCUUGUGAACACACGGCACAGAUGGUGUAUGUGGCACAUCAUGGCAAAGGUAGCUGAAAAGGUUCCUAAGUCACUUCUUGGAAAUAAUGAUUUUAAAAAGGAUUUGAAUUCAUGCGUUUGGUCUGAGUUGAUUGAACCUACUGAGUUUGAAGAAAAGUGGAAGAAUGUGAUGGAGACUUAUGAUCUUGUUGGCUCUGAAUGGGCUCACAUUUAG